CGACGACGACGACGACUCCAUCGAUGGCUAGCUCCGACGAUAUAUCCAUCCAUUCAACAAUCUCCGGCCUAUAAGUACUCCAUCCCGCCGGCCGGCCGGUGACUCGAUCACCAUCAACACAAGCUAUAUCUCGAUCGAUCGCCACCGGCCGGCCACCGCGCGCCGCCGCAUCCACACCGUACGUCGAGACUAGCCGGCCGGCGAGGGAUCAGCGGCGGCGGCGGCGGAUCGAUCGACGGCGAUGGUGAGGGUGCCGUUCGUGACCGCGGUCACCACGGUGUUCAGCUACGGCGUCAUCUUCGGCUUCGGCCACCUCCGCGAUUGGUUCCGCGCCCUCCUCCGCUCCCUCUUCUCCGGCCACUCGCCGGCGGCAGCCGGUACCAACCUCAAGGGUUACGCGCCAAUUUGCGGAGGACAGGAGGAUUUCUAUUACCGACGAUUCGUUCGUCGCGUUCAGGACUGCUUUUGGCGACCAAUAGCCAGCAAGCCGGACGCAUGGUUCGAUGUGGUUGAGCGCUACUCAAAUGACAGCAACAAGACACUCCACCGUACCACAAAAACAUCCAGGUGCCUUAACUUAGGUUCCUACAAUUACCUUGGCUUUGCUGCGGCAGAUGAAUACUGCACUCCUCGUGUUAUUGAGUCACUAAAGAAAUACUCUGCUAGUACUUGCAGUGUCCGAGUCGAUGGAGGCAACACUAAGCUGCAUGUGGAACUUGAAGAACUGGUUGCAAGAUUUGUUGGCAAGCCUGCAGCUAUUCUCUUCGGCAUGGGUUAUGUGACGAACUCUGCGAUCAUUCCUGCCUUGAUUGGGAAGGGAGGCCUCAUAAUCAGUGAUUCACUGAACCAUAAUUCUAUAGUGAAUGGAGCAAGGGGUUCAGGAGCUAGUGUUCAAGUUUUCCAACAUAACAAUCCUGCACACUUGGAAGAGGUAUUGAGAGAGCAGAUUGCAGGAGGCCAGCCUCGCACACACCGGCGAUGGAAGAAGAUUAUUGUGAUUGUUGAGGGAAUAUAUAGCAUGGAAGGGGAGCUAUGCAAACUCCCUGAGAUUGUAGCUGUCUGCAAGAAAUAUAAGGCUUACACAUAUUUAGAUGAGGCACACAGCAUUGGGGCUGUUGGUAAGACAGGGAGAGGUGUUUGUGAAUUACUUGGAGUGGACCCAGCGGAUGUUGAUAUUAUGAUGGGAACAUUUACUAAAUCAUUUGGAUCUUGUGGAGGUUACAUUGCAGCAUCAAAAGAGAUUAUUGAUCAUCUGAAGCACAUAUGCCCUGCCCAUAUCUAUGCAACAUCCAUGUCACCUCCCGCUGUCCAGCAGGUCAUCUCUGCAAUAGAAGUAAUCCUUGGUGAAGAUGGAUCUGACAGAGGAGCCAAGAAGCUUGCUCAGAUUCGGGAGAACAGCAAUUUCUUCCGUUCAGAACUUGAGAAAAUGGGUUUUGAAGUUCUUGGAGACAACGACUCGCCUGUCAUGCCUAUCAUGCUUUACAAUCCUGCUAAAAUGCCUGCAUUCUCAAGAGAGUGCCUGAGGCAAAAGGUUGCCAUUGUUACUGUUUCAUUUCCGGCAACGCCACUGCUACUUGCCAGAGCUAGGAUAUGCAUAUCAGCUUCCCACUCUAGGGAAGAUCUUAUUAAAGGAUUGGAGGUUAUCAGCAAAGUUGGUGACCUCGUGGGAAUCAAAUAUUUACCAGUGGAGCAUGAAAAGACUACAUCUGCUGAGAAACUGAAGAAGAUUCAGUGAACACUGACUGAUAACUGGAACUCUACAAGCAAUAUAUAUACUGGGUCAUCUACCCUUUUAUUCUUUCCUUUGUUUCUGAAUUGGUUUAGAUCAUUACUUGUAUUCAGAGGAAGCGAAAUUUUCACUGUUAUAACGUAUUCUGAAUAUUGUGAGUAAAUCUCUGAAAUCAUGUAGAGAUAUUCUCUGUUUUGAUUUCAACUUCCUUUCAAGAUGCAGUAUCAGUUGAAUUGGUCCUAUGUGAAGCAAGCUUAA